AUGAAGUGUAUGGCAUUACCAAGUACAUCGAGCUCAAGAGUACAGGCGACCACUUGGCACACCAAGUCGACCACCCCAGUUGUAGAGUCGCGGCUAUUUAGAAUCGCCAAUAUACCUGCUGAAAUUUCCGGUUGUAGUCAACACCAUCAGAAGAGAGGCUCACAGAUGUUACCUACAGACUGCCAGCAACCCAGGAAAAAGCUAGAAACAAUGAUAGAAGCUGGUCUUUUGACAUCUACAGGCUCCAAAACGCGAGAUUCGAUCGUUGCGGUCAAAGAAAGCGGACACGAUCGACGGGGAGCUGUGGACAAACGAGCAAAAUGA